UGGAUGUGACGUGCCCUUUAAGCGUGUGGAGGCUGCAGAGUUGUCACUGGGUUGGAUUUCUGUCGGUCGACUGAUUUUACCCGAACCUCCUUAAAGCAGUUUUGAAUCUUUGAUUUCGCUUCAUGAACAGCGUGUAAGUGUUCCUAACUAAAAGGUAGUGUGUAUUAAGGGCUCUUCUCGGCGGGUCUCGGCGAUGUUCGUGCUUGUUUUGUGUCUGUUGUGUUUGCUGAACAUUUCCGGCCCGGUUCUCGGUUACUUUCCCGAAGAGCGCUGGAGUCCUGAAUCUCCUCUCCUGGCUCCGAGGGUCGUUAUUUCUCUCAUCUGCCGAAAUUCGGCCCAUUCCCUGCCUUACUUCCUCGGGACCAUUGAGCGCUUGAAUUAUCCGAAGGACCGCAUUGCACUUUGGGUUGCAACCGAUCACAAUGCAGACAACACGACGUAUCAGCUCCGAGACUGGCUCGUCAGCGUACAGAAGCUGUACCACUACGUGGAGUGGAGACCUAAAGAGGAGCCGAGGGCAUACGGUGAUGAGGAAGGACCCAAACACUGGACGAACCACCGAUACGCUCACGUGAUGAAGCUGCGCCAGGCUGCACUGGAAUCAGCCCGAGAGAUGUGGGCUGACUAUUUACUGGUGGUCGACUGUGACAAUCUCCUGAUCAACCGAGAUGUGUUGUGGAAGAUGAUUAGAGAGAAUAAGACCAUCGUUGCCCCAAUGCUGGAGUCUCGAGCAGCUUAUUCCAACUUCUGGUGUGGGAUGACCUCUCAGGGUUACUAUAAGCGCACACCUGCGUACAUACCGAUACGCAAGCAGGUGAGGAAAGGCUGCUUCGCCGUGCCCAUGGUUCACUCCACCUUCCUGGUGGAUCUGCGCAAAGAAGCGUCCAGGCUCCUUGCGUUUCACCCUCCGCACGCUGACUACAGUUGGGCCUUCGACGACAUCAUAGUGUUCGCCUUCUCAGCCCGAAUGGCAGAGGUGCAGAUGUUCGUGUGUAAUAAAGAGAUGUAUGGGUUUUUGCCCGUUCCCCUGCGCUCCCACAACACGCUUCAGGACGAAGCCGACAGCUUCCUUCACGCUGCCCUGGAGGUCAAUGUGCGACAUCCCCCUAUCGAGCCCUCCAGGUACCUCCUCCCUCCCGUCAGACAGCCUGAUAAGAUGGGCUUUGAUGAGGUGUUCAUGAUAAACCUGCAGCGUCGGUCCGAUCGGCGAGAGCGCAUGCUCAGAGCGCUCCGCAUGCAGGGGAUUGACUGCAAGAUCGUAGCUGCUGUCGAUGGCAAAGCCAUGAACGUGAGUGAGAUCCACAGUAUGGGGAUCCACAUGUUGCCAGGCUACAGCGACCCCUACCACGGCCGGCCUCUAACAAAAGGAGAGCUGGGCUGCUUCCUCUCUCACUACAACAUCUGGAAAGAGAUUGCCGAGCGUGGCCUGAAGACCUCCCUGGUGAUCGAAGACGAUCUGCGGUUUGAGAUUUUCUUCAAGCGGCGCCUGAAGAACCUGAUGAGUGAGGUGGAGAGAGAAGGGCUCGACUGGGACCUGAUUUACAUCGGGAGAAAGAGGAUGCAGGUGGACCAUCCGGAGAAAGCCGUGCCAAACAUACACAACCUGGUAGAAGCGGACUAUUCCUAUUGGACGCUGGGUUACAUGAUGUCAUUACAAGGAGCCAAAAAGCUUCUGAGGGCAGAACCGCUGAGCAAGAUGCUGCCUGUGGAUGAAUUUCUUCCUGUCAUGUUUAAUAAACAUCCUGUCUCAGACUACAUGGAGCAGUUUGAGAAGCGAGACCUGAAGGCGUUCUCGGCCGAGCCCCUGCUGGUCUUCCCCACUCACUACACGGGCGAGCCGGGCUACAUCAGCGACACGGAGACGUCCACCGUGUGGGACAACGACGGCAUGCGCACAGACUGGGACAGAAAACGCUCACGCAAGACUCACGAGCAGGACGAGAUCAGCACGGAGGCUCAGAACUCAGACGUGCUGCAGUCUCCUCUGGACAGCACGGCGAGGGACGAGCUCUGAGCCACGCUCCAUCCCAGACGCUCCAACCAGAGAGGGAGGAAAUUCUCCAGAGAAUCACAUUUUUUUAACAUUACCACACUGUUUGUGCCUUUUGACUGACCAAAGAAAGACUCUUUUCAAGUGCUGGAUUCAAGUUUUUUGUUUUCUCUAAUCCUAAACCUCUGUGUCUUUAGUUGUUCUACAUGAUCAUGUGACUGAUGCUUUUCCUGCCUGCUGUAGUCCACUUAUUUCAGUCCUAAGGCUGAUGGCAGACAAGAGUCAUAGAUUUGGUUCAUUUGGCACUAUUCGGUUCUAUUAGUACUAUUAGUGAUGCCAUCUUUUUUUUUUUUUUUUUUUUUUUUUUUAGAGCAUGUUGAUAAAUCUGUUGUUUUUUAAUACUAUAUUACCCAUCUAUGCAUCCGUGGGGGAACACAUAUUUGUGUUAUCUCAUUUUAUGUUUCAUCACCAUCUGUACAAAUGUAUCAUCAUGAAAACUCCAAAAGAAGUCCAUCCUGAGAAGAGGCAGUUGUAUGUGCACUUGGUUUUUAAAGGUACGAUGAGCUGAUGCAUGAAAGAGAAAAAUUGUAAUUGAAGCAAUCACAUAGAGUCACAAUGUAUGCCUUAAAAAUGUAGAUGAAAUAACACUCCAGAUCGAUACAAAA